UCCACACACGUUAACGUUCAAAACAAAUAUGGCACACACGUAUCAGCGCCGCUGAGAACGUCAAGAGUGUACGUUAGAAUUGAAAACGAAACUUAGCUACAGUUCUGCCUGACGCUGAUCUCUGUGUAGCCAUAACAAGUCAAACUGUCAGUCCACCUGGUGUGAUUCAGGCAUGGCACUACAAAUAUCUGCUCUGUCCUCACAUAUCAGCGUCCCUCUGUACACCGGCCCUCUGUCCCGUGCCCGUGCUAGCUUCCAGGGAGCCGGUGUCAAGUUCAAACACAUUUUAGCUCCUCGAACCCCCCAGCUUGGAGACAAGCCAGCAACAAGUUCUCUCCGCGGCCAUAUUAACGCUGCCCACCGAAGUGAGAAGUUUUCAGCAACAACGACAGCAGCUCUUUGGAAGUCCAGCCAGGGAAACGGUUCUUCCUCACCCCGUGGGAGGAGAAGCUGGCUGGGGAAGUUCGCCCUCGGUCUCACCAUCGGAGUGAGCGCAGUCGCGCUGAGCCAAACUCUCCACACCGGGACCCUUACCGCCAUGGCCCUCAAAGUUAACCUGAACUCCGCUGAGGGGGACUGGAAGAAGACCAAGGACUUCUUGCUGUCUUUGUCUGUGAAGGACAGACGUCAGUACUACAGGCCUUCUACUUUUGUGCCACUGGACGACAUCCCAGUGUGGACUCCCACUGCAGGUGGUUCUGAGCAAACUCUCUACCCGAGGAAUGAAAAACUGGACCAGAAGAUUUCCCUCUACAGUGGAGACAUCACCAAGCUGGAGGUAGACGCUAUUGUUAAUGCAGCCAACAAGACUCUGCUCGGCGGGGGUGGAGUGGACGGAGCAAUCCACCGCACUGCAGGUCCGAUGCUAGUAAAGGAGUGUGCGUCCCUCCACGGCUGCGAGACCGGAGAGGCCAAGAUCACGUGUGGCUAUGGCCUCCCAGCAAAGUAUGUGAUCCACACAGUGGGGCCGAUUGCACAAGGAGGAGUGGGAGAAGCAGAAAAGAAAGCCUUGAGGUCGUGCUACAAGAACAGCCUGGAAACUGCCGCCCAAAAUGCUGCACGUUCUGUGGCUUUCCCUUGCAUCUCCACUGGAAUCUACGGAUAUCCACCUGAACAAGCUGUGCACGAGGCGCUGGCAACUGUGAGGGAGUAUCUGGAUGAACAUCAUGACAAGCUGGACAGAGUCAUCUUCUGUGUGUUCUUGCCAACGGAUAAGGAGCUGUAUCUGCAGAAUCUCCCACUCUACUUCCCGGCUGCCUGACCAGUGACCGCUGCUUGUUGUUCAGCUCCCGCAGAGGCCACUGUCAAGAGCAAACUCUGAGAGAGUGGAUUUGUCAGAUUUGGUUGCUGUGGAUACACAUCGCUACACUCAGCAUCCAGAUCGGUCCUCCUCCUGCUCACUGCCGUCGCUGAUAAAGACCAUCUUCAGCAGGAAGAUAACUCCUAAAUGAAUGAUUGCUUUUGUUGAAGUGUUCACGGGCUCUUCUGCAGUUGUUGAUUGUUUUUCCCACUAAUGAUUGAGGUUGAGAGAGGUGUUGUGAUGAAGUUGUGAAAUGAUAUUGACGAUUCUUGUGAAAAAUCGACUGUGUUUACCUUAAGCUGCACUCUAACUUGACCUUUAUUGUCUGUGCUCAGUGGCGUCAAACCUGCAACCCCCUACGAGUCGUGUGUUAUUUGAAUAUUAGGAUUCUAGCGUGUGUGCAUGUGUGCGAGACAGUGACAAACGCUUAUUAAAACGGAUCACACAGGC